CACUGUUCGUAUCGAUUAGUUCAAACGCUUCGCGGCACACACUGAGCGUUUUGUUACUUCUCUACUUUUCUUUGUGACGUGCCGGACUAUGGAAGAAAUGGAGCACAAUUCUACCAGCGCUAGCAGUAGGAGUCUUCUUCUUCACCGUUUUUUUGUCGGUUGUGACGACGGCGCUAGCGAAAUAUCGGAAAGAGGCAACAGGGAGACCCUCUUGGACACCUUUCUUUUGUUACAUGACGAGUUGAACAGCGAUGUGUCAAAAAGAGCAAUCAAGGAAGCCUCUUCGUUCACUCGUAAAUAUGACGCUGUGGCCAAGCAACUGCAUGAUCUUUGCCUUUCGAAGAAUGACUUUGAUGUUGUAAGGACUAUUGGCCGAGGACAGUUUGGAGAGGUUCAUGUGGUACGGGAAAAACACACCAGCGAUGUGUAUGCCAUGAAAACUCUCAGAAAAUCCGACAUGUUGGCUCAAGAAAAUACGGCAUUUUUUGAAGAAGAACGAGACAUCAUGGCUAAUGUUCAUAGUGAAUGGAUCACAGCUCUUCAUUAUGGAUUUCAGGACUCUGAGUUUCUCUAUUUAGUGAUGGAGUAUCAUCCAGGUGGAGAUCUUCUCACUUUGUUGUCCAAAUAUGAUGAGAUAUUUGAAGAGAAAGUGGCUAAGUUUUACCUUUCUGAGAUGGCGAUGGCAAUUGACUGUCUUCACUCCUCUGGAUAUGUCCACAGAGACAUCAAGCCAGACAAUGUGUUGAUCAGUGCGUCAGGACACAUCAAGCUUGCCGACUUUGGAUCAUCUGCUCACCUUAGUCUGAACUCACGAAGUGUUACGUCCAAAAUGCCUGUGGGCACACCGGAUUAUAUUUCUCCUGAAGUCUUGUCUUGCAUCAACGGAUCUGGUCGCUCAUAUGGUGUCAAGUGUGAUUGGUGGUCUUUUGGCAUUUGUGGGUAUGAGAUGUUGUUUGGCCAAACACCAUUUACAGAUGACAGCAUAGCAAUCACAUACAAUAAUAUUGUUAAUCACAAAAGCACGUUAAAAUUUCCUGAAGUCUGUGAGGAGGAUGUGUCUGACGCCGCAAAAGAUCUCAUCAGGAAUUUACUUUGUGAUGAGGAUGAGAGACUUGAUGUAGCAAGGAUUCGUUCACACUCGUUCUUUGCAGAAAUAAACUUUGAGACUCUUCUCAACACUAUUCCUCCAUAUGUACCCACAAUCAAGAGUAUUGACGACACUUCAAACUUUGAAGAGUUGGAGUCAAAAGGACCAGACCCAGGACGUUUGAUAGAGCAGAAAAUGAGAAUCGAGGCGAAUCGGGGAUUCUCUGGAAAAGAUUUGCCAUUUGUUGGGUUUACAUUCUCUAGGACUCUUUCAAAUCUGGGAAGCGAUGAAUUAAACAAGAUUAAUGAAUGCAAUGCAGUACAGAAAGAAGAAGUCAAGUUUGAAUCAGCGGAACAACAUGAACUUCAAGCUCAAGUCGCUGCACUACAUAAAGAACUAGAAGAGAAGUCUGGCCUUCUAGAGGCAACUAGAAGAGAGAAGAAUGUUGUGGAAAAGGAAAGGGCACUGUUUGAGGCUGAUGUGAAGGAGCUAACUCGACGUUUGAACAGAGAACAAGCAGACUGGCACAAAUCUGAUGAGAAAGCAAUGAAGUUGGUGGAUGAUGUAAGACAGCAAAACAAGCAGUUGAUGGAACUGAAAGAGGAUGAAGCAAAAGCAGCUUUAGAAGAGCAGAAACAGAUUGCUAUUCAACUUGAGAUGGAUCUGGAAGCUACCAUGAAACGAUGCUGCUGUCUGAAAUCUGAACUUUCCACUAGUCAGAAGAACCAAGAGAAGAUCAAGAGCAAAGCUGCUCAUGUUUAUGCAAAGUACAAAAAGUUGAAGGAGGAAAGCACAAAGAGUGGUGGCCAGCUAGAAGCUGAAUUAAAGGAACUUAGAAAGGGGAAAACAGAGUCAGAGACAAAGAUUUUGGAAUUGCAGUCAAAAGUUGUCACUAUGACAUCAGAUCUUAACCUUGCCGUUGAACGUCGCUCGUCAACUGAAAAGUUAAAGUCAAAGCUGCAAAAGCAACUAAGCGCAUACCAAGAUUCUAGUCAAGCUAGCAGCUCGCUGUUGAGCAAAGAAGUACAACAGGCUGUCAAUCAGCAGCAAUUACUGGAGAAAGAGCUACAUGAAUUGAGAGAUGAGUCGGAGAGAAAGACAACUUCCAGCAACUUUCAAAUUAAGAGAUAUAAGGAAAAGCUGGCACUUGUUGAGGAAUCUCAGAAAUCUGCCGAAAAACAACUUCAGACAUUGAGAGAACAAGCAGAGAAAGUUGAUGAGUUGAAGCCUCAGCUUACAAGGAAAACUCAGGAGUGUGCUGAUCUGUGGGAGGCAAACAAAGCUCUAACUGCAGCUUUAGUUGACCAUGAGAAAGAAAUACGUUGUCUUCGAGAAACUAAUGUUGAUCUAAAAGCUGUGCUUGAAAACAGAAAAUCUCAACUGGAGACAUACAUGGAAACCAUCAGUGUACUAAAGGAAAGGUGUACUGCACUGGAGACUCAAGUAGAGGACCUUGAAGUGGCUAUGGAUGGGUUCGAUGAGAAGGAAGAAAACUUGGUCAAAACAAGUGAGUCUCUCAAGAGUGAAGUCGACAGUCUCACACAGCAGCUUGCGGCAUCUAAACAACAGCACAACUAUGAAAAAUUGGCACGACAAAAGGCAGAAGAAAGAGUAUCAAAGGCAGGUGAACUGCUAAAAGAAGCAGAGGAAGCUCACAAUGAGGACAUCUCUAAUCUUCAAGAGCAAGCAGCCAAAAUGCGACUGGAAAUAGAAAAAUUAUCAGACCAACUGAAAGAAGCUGAAAGAGCACAUGCUUUGAGUGAGGUCAAUGUGAAAUGCUUGGAGGAUCGACUGGAAGCGGAAGACAAAGAGCAGCAACAACAACGUCGUCAAAUUUCAAAGUUAAAUCGUGAGAUUGGAUUUAUAAAAGCCACAAAUAUGAAAUUGCAUCGAGAAUUGGAGUCAGUUCGACAAGAGAUUGAGGGUGUCAGUACAGAGAGAGACAAUGUGAUGACACAGUUGAGUGCAUUGUCUGUCAGCCACAAUGAUGAGAAAAUUAGAAUGGAAACAACACAAGCUCAGCAAGCAAAACUGAUUAGCCUUCUGCAGUCAGAUAGCUCAGCAACAAAGCCUUCUUGGAAGAAAAAGAUGGCAGCAACCCAGGCAGGCAAAAAAAUGUUUAAGCGUUCUCGUGACCCUCAAACUCAGACGAAAGAAUGGAAGCAGCUUCAGGAAGCAGUGAGACAAAAUGAUCUACAAAUGAGUGAAGAGAAACCACCGUCUGAGGGCCAGGCACUUGCGUCUCAAACAGAGACAAUAGGAGACACAAAUAAUGUUAUAAGUUUUGAGUCUAUGGAAAUGAUAUCAACCAAGAAAGCAAAUCCGGCUGUUAGCAGUAUUGUCCUUAAUGCUUUACAGCAAUCACCAGGGAAUCAAUCAAGUCCUAGGGCCACUCUCAUCUCUACAAACCAAAGCUUGUCAGUAGCUGGAAAGCAAGAGACCAAGCCAGCAUCGCAGAUGAAAGAAAGAAUGCAUCAUAACAUACCUCACAGGUUUUCAACAUGUCGAGCAAUGAGAACCAUGAAGUGCUCAUUGUGUCGCUCUACUGUGCAUUUUGGAAAACAUGUGGCUAAAUGCACUCAUUGCAAGGUGAUAUGUCACACCAAAUGUGCACCGUCGCUGCCUGCUACUUGUGGUCUUCCUUCAGCUCUUGUUGAUCACUAUGUCACAGAGUCUUUGAAACCGGUCGAGUUGUCACCGUCAGUGACCUCUCAGUCUUGCUGGUCUGCCUGUAGUUCACGGAAGGGUAAAAUGCAGGGCUGGCUCAAAUUGCUGAGGUUCAGGUAUAAAGGGAUGAAGUGUGGAUGGGAACAACAAUGGGCUGUGUUGAGUGACAAGUCAUUGAUUCUACAAAACAAGGAAGAUGCUGAAAACUGUGAUGGUGGAGAUCGUGAGAUCUUAAAUCUGACUAAUGCAACAUUACAGUCGACUGUUGCUUGUUUGGAUCUACCUGAUGCGGCUAAAACUGACAUUCCUUUUGUUUUUGCCAUUCAUCUGCCACAACCAAUGCAUUGCUGGCCGACACAGAUUGUUUACUGUUUAUCCAAUGAGAAACAGCAAUGGAUACAGUCACUCAAACAGAUUCUGAAGACUGCGAAAGUAAACCAAACUUGUCUCAAGUUUGUUGCUACCUUGGAACACUCUUACGCGCUUGACAUAAAUUGCUGUCUUCCAUUCAAUGACAACAUUAUGUUACUUGGAGCUGGAGAAGGCUUCUUUGUAUUGCACACUCAGUCAAUGCCUAAGUCUGGUCGGAUGGUAAGGAAAGCAACCCAGUCUUCCAGAGCAUUACAGCAAAUGCCGGGAAUUGGAAGUGUACAACAAAUGGAAACAAUUCCAACUACUGACUUAAUCGUAAUGAUAACAGGCAAUAAAGGUGCUUUAGUCAGUGUGCAUAUGAACGAUAUCAAAUCAUCAGUCUGUGGUUCUGGAAGUCCUCCUCCUGCCAUAUCUUUCAACAAAGUGAACGACUCAAACAGCUGCAGUCUGUUUUGCUCUGGCAAAGUUGAUGGAAAGAUCUACCUAUUGGCUGUCCUCCUCGGCAAAAUUCGUCUGCUGACAUACUUAGAGGAUAAGGAUAAGUUUUGUUUGCUUAAGGACUUCAACUGUGGUAAGCAUGUUGUUGGAGCUGUCUCAUUCACUGGAACAGUCUUUAUCGUGACGACUGAAAAGUACUGCAUACUCAAUCCAAAGACUUUGCACAUUGAAGACUUUGCGGCCAGUGUGUUGUCUGCUACUGUGUCUGAAAGUAACUUUCCUGUUACUGCACUGGCUGUUUCUACAGUAUCUGAAGCUGUUUUGUCUGAUGGCAGUUUAGAUAUUUUACUCUGCUUUUCUGAAUCCGGCAUUUUUGUUGAUCAACAUGGAAAGAGAACAAAGCAAAACACCCUUAUAUGGUCUAAGAUGCCGAUCGCAUUUGCAUACAGAGCACCACAUCUUUUUAUAAGCUAUCUUAAUUCUGCCGAAGUGAUCAAUUUGAAAGCACAAAAGAAACGCAUUCCUCUUAACAUAGAAAUCACGAGACCUCGUUUACUCUCGUCUUCUACAAGCGUGACUGACAAUGAGCACCUCUUUAUUGGCUCAACAUCUCCUGACCAGACAGACAUAUUUGAAUAUCAACCCAGUGUAGACAAUGUUAAGAUGAGUGACUUGUCAUCAGCAAGCAGAGUCAUGUCUCCAAAGAGAGCUCGUCCACUUGAUUGCUUCACACCACUAGCAGUAGUGAAUGGGCCAAAACAUGACACACGACUUACUCACAUGAAAGAAGAGGUUGGAGAUGCUGCUUGUCUUAUUUCAUCUGCACCGGUUGCUGAACUUUCAGAAAAGUUAGCAGUCAAUAUAUCUGAUGUUCUUUCUGACUCGCUUAUGUCUGCAGCAAGUGAUACACCUAGUCCUAAGAGAUUCAGAGAGUCACAGAUGGGCAUGUCAUGAACAAUUGGUAGUGAUAGUGAUUUUAUUCUUGUGCGUGUGAGUCUGUGUAUGGGUUGGUGCAGCAAAAGUAUGAUAUGAACACAAUGGGAGUUCUAAUGCUUUUAAUUCUAAUUUUAUGAUGGACUUGCAAAUCAACAAUCUGAGAUGUCGUCUUUAUGCGUUCGGACGACAUGAUAGCUGUCAGUUGUUUUAGACAUGUACUUACAGACCUAAGCAAAUACAGCAUUGUUUGCA